AUGAAAGAGGUGGAACAUGAGAAGGACCCAGAUUUCUGUGAUGAGAGCCUACAGGCAAUCUUGGUGAGUCUGAUAUCGGCAGGUUCCGAGACCACCGUUAGCACCCUGAAAUUCUGCCUGGUCUUGUUCGCUCACUAUCCUGAUGUACAGGCAAAGGUCCAACAAGAAAUUGAUGAGGUGACGCAGUCAUUGCGCCUACCUAGGUUCGAAGACCGACCACAAAUGCCGUACACCAAUGCUGUCAUUCAUGAAAUGCAGAGAGUUUUAGACCUGACAUCAACUACUCUCCUCCAUGCUGUGACCAAAGACAUCGAGUUCCAUGGAUACGCCAUCCCGAAGGGCACCAUCAUCAUCCCAUUCCUGUCAUCGGUGCUCUAUGACCCCUCUCAAUGGGAGACACCAGAACGGUUCAAUCCCGGACACUUCCUGGAUGAGGAGGGCCAGUUCCGCAAUCGGGUGGCCUUCAUGGCAUUCUCAGCCGGAAAGCGUGUUUGUCCCAGAGAGAGUUUGGCCCGAAUGGAGCUUUUCUUUCUCCUCUCUGCUCUGCUCCAGAAAUUCACCAUCAAGCUGCCCCCAGGAGCUGAACGUCGGGACUCCACUCCAAAUGGCUGCAUGUGUUAACAAAUAUGACAUUUUGUCCAAUGCUCAGCUGUGCGCCGUCCCCCGAGCAUUGUCCACCAAGUAA